UCGCUAGGUUCCGAUGCCGACCGGUCGUUUGCUCACUAGGCAGCAGUAUAGUUAUUGAUUGUUGUUAGUCGCGUCCACUACGGAGGAUCAGUGGGCAGGACUUGGACAGAAGCAUUUAGUCGCGUGUGCUGGCUAAGCUGAGUGCAUUUAGUUCAGUAGUUUAUGGUUCAUAUUUCAGCGGGGAGUUAUCUGUGGACGCAUCGCGGUUGUAAAUAUGGGGAUUGGUUGGAUGGAGUUGCAAUAAUCGUCACAUCAUCGCACAGUGCCGACAGGCAACUCCGGAUGUCUGUCAUGCAAAUAUUGGCGCUAAAAUAUGGGCAAUCAUCGUGUAUGGGGGUAUGCCAUCCCCCCAUUCAUUAGCGCAAAGUGAGAUGCUUACUGCUGUGCAAUGAAGUGUAAAAUGUUAAAAGCCUUUAGCUGAGAACUGGAAAAGGAAGAAAAAAUAUUCGUGAUUCCGCGAAAGUGCGAAACCAGUUUCCGACGGUGCGAUUAUGACACAUCGAUGAGCAUAAAGGUGGGCGCGAGCAUAAAGGUUAAAUAAUUGGCAAAUAUUCCGGUGCGUAUCAGCUGAGCAGCAACACCAACCAACUGUCAACGGCCAGUGAAGUGUAUCGCCUGAACCGAGUGUGGGGAUCUGUUGUUGCGUCAAAUUGAUAAAUGUGAAAGUGAAUUUUACAACAACUGCACAGCAAUACUCGAGUGAAAGGAUUUAACGAUAUUUUGAAUUGGAUCAAGGUUGGAUAGCGUGUUUCGGGAAGAACGAUCUCCCGAUAAACACGCACAGCUAACUAUCGAUUCGCAGCAAGAAAUGUGUCUAUUUGUUUUCCUGUGCACUCAAAAUAUCUUCGCUUUGGAGGAAGGAGAAACUGCCAUAAAUUCAGCACGCAAGCCGGGCAGUGCACGACGACGGCCAAAAACGUUGUUGGACAACCUCCAACGAAAAACCAAAGUGGUGGCUAGAGUCGUCCGAUUAUCAUAAUGCGGUCAUUUGAUAAAAACGGCAACCGUUUCUCGCAGGAUUAUAAACCAGCACCGGUUUGUGAUCGUCCAUGCUUCAGUAACACCCGGCACAGCCGGUUUCUGCAUCGAGCUAACGCUGCUAUCCGGGGUGGGACGGUUACUAAGCUGCCAAAUUGCCAAACAGUUUUUGCAGCCUGUUCACACGUGCGAGUGAGACUGAUCCAGAUAAUGAUGAAAAUAGAAGAAAGUAAUACGAUUCGUUACUCAUAUUUGAGGCUGAUAAAGUUGUGAAUAAGUAAAAUAUUAGAACCAGUUCCAUAUGUGAUAUAAGUGGUACAAAUAUAAGCCGAUCAUGCGAGUGCUAACCGUAGAAAUAAAAAGUGUGAAUACAAAUUACGAAAAGUGUAGUGCAUUAAGUCCGAAUUAAAAAUCAAAUCAUGCUCAAGCCAAAACGUGCGUCGGUGCUAUCAGUGAUAUCAUUGCUAAGCUCGUUGAUCUGCUCAGUUCAAAGCGAAUAUCGUACCUCGAAAAGCAAUGGAAACAGCAACAAUGCGAACAGAAACCAUUACAAGUACAACCAUCCUUCAAUCUUCAAUAACAUCAGCAGUAGCAGCAGCAGCACCAAUGUCAUCGAGCAUAAUAAUCCCAAAGCGAUAAACGACCUCCACAGCAAUCCUCCACCUUCAGACUCAUCCAACGAAAAGACUGCCUACCAGUACGCAAUAAAUGACAACGACUCCAGCGAAGCACCCUCAUUCCCGUCCUAUCCUUACUUCAUUUCACCAUGGUCAGUCGAACCGCAUGCCACCGUUGAGCAGCUAACAACCUUCAACGGAAGCGCUUCCGAAAGUUCAAGAUCUGGCACCCGAUUAUCACCAUAUCACAAGAAGACUGUUGUUCGGUCCGCAGCCACAGACCACCAUGGACCGCACAUUAAAUUCGCAAUCCUUCUGCCCGAGCACGCCAGAAGCAGAGAUUCUCGAACUCUGGCCACAGUGCGACCCGUCAUCGAAAUGGCCACCAAGUUGGUCACCGGCCCGGGCGGAGUUCUGCACAAUCUGAAAAUCGAAAUCGACUACCGGGACACGCAGUGCUCGUCGACUUACGGGGCGCUCGGUGCAUUUGAUAUUUUGCUCAAACGGAAGCCAGACGUCUUCUUCGGUCCCAUCUGCGAUUACGUGAUUGCCCCAAUCGCGCGGUACAACGCUGUUUGGGGCAUUCCGAUUCUCACGACCGGGGGCUUGGCGGAUGCAUUCACAAUCAAGUCGCCAAACUAUCCGACCCUGACGCGAAUGAUGGGCAGCUACAGCGAUCCCGGCAUGGCGCUGCGGGAAAUGUACCGACACUUCAACUGGACCAUUCAGGCGUUCAUCUACCACGACAACGACGAGAAGCGCGGCAUGGGACACUCGGACUGCUCGAUGGCGAUACUGUCCAUCUUCCGAGUUCUCAACACCACCGAGUACUUUUCGCACAAUUUCGACGAAACCGAAACGGAUUACCGGGGAUACCUGCGGAUACUGGAGGAAACGAAGCGGAAGGCCAGAAUUGUGAUAAUGUGUGCUAGCCCAUCCACCAUCAGAGAGAUCAUGCUGGCAGCGGCCGAACUAAACAUGGUAGACAGCGGCGAAUAUGUCUUCUUCAAUGUCGAUAUCUUUAGCAGCAUGGCCGCAACGAAGAUACCUUCCUGGCACAAGGCGAACGAUACCGAGGAACGCAACCAGAAGGCCAAGAACGCGUAUACCGCCAUGCUACAGGUGGUCGCCAGGCAACCGGAAGACGCAGAAUAUCGAAGAUUCUCGGAGGAGGUAAAGCUGCUCACCAAAACCAAGUUCAACUACACUUAUGCGGAGGAUGAGCCGGUGUCAACAUUUGUGACUGCGUUUUACGAUGCCGUGCUGCUCUACGCGUAUGCCCUCAACGACAGUAUCAGCCUUCUCGGCGAGCAGCGCGCACUGAAGCAACCAAUCAAUGGAACGUUUCUGACGCAUCUUAUGUGGGGCAAAUCCUUCAAAGGUAUCACCGGGAAUGUCACAAUCGAUUCUAAUGGAGAUAGGAUCUCGGACUAUUCGCUUCUGGACCUUAAUCCGGAGACCGGAAUGUUUGAGAUAGUAGCAAACUACUUCCAUGAUGGGGGCUUGCAGUUCGUAGAAGGCACAGAAAUUCACUGGUCUGGAGGACGAACGAAAGCUCCUCCUGACAGACCAACCUGUGGAUUUGAUGGUUCCUUAUGUCCCGACAAGUCUCUACCCGGAUACGCAAUACUAUCUCUGAUUCUGGGCUUGUGUGUCAUAUGCAUGGGAAUAGCGUCGCUCAUGGGAUAUCGCCAUUACAAACUCGAAGCGGAGAUCAACUCCAUGACAUGGAAAGUGCACGCCAACGAGGUACUUUCCUGCAAUCCUAGUCAGGGCCAUCGGGGUAGUCUACACCUGAUGUCCAAACGUGGCAGCCAAGCCACUAUAUACUCCGAGGACCUUAAUUCGCUGCCUGGUGACCGGCAGAUCUACAUUCAGUUUGGGUUCUACAAAGGUUGCAAAGUGGCAAUCAAGAAGAUCAGCAUUAACAAUUUGAACCUGAACCGCACGAUGAUGCUGGAGUUCAAGCGAAUGAAGGACAUCCAGCAUGAUCAUCUCGUUCGGUUCUACGGUGCCUGUAUUGAUCCCUCUCCGGAACCGUUCAUUCUGACCGAGUACUGCCCGAAGGGCUCCCUGCAGGACAUCCUGGAGAACGAAACCAUCAAGUUGGACUGGAUGUUCAAGAUAUCGCUAAUGCAUGACAUCGUCAAAGGUAUGGCGUUUCUACACUCCACCGAGAUUCACUCACACGGUGCGCUCAAAUCGUCCAACUGCGUCGUGGAUUCACGCUUCGUGCUGAAGGUUACCGACUUUGGGCUGCAUCAGCUUCGCGGACCAACCGACGAACAGGAUCAGGAAAGUUACGCCUACUGGAAAAAACUACUGUGGACCGCCCCUGAGCUCCUUCGGGAUCCUCACCAUGACCCAGCCGGGACGCCGAAGGGUGACGUCUACUCGUUCGGUAUCAUUGUGCACGAGAUUGUUUCAAGACAGGGACCGUUCUACAUCGCAGAUGAUGAUAAGUCCCCUAAAGAAGAAAUAAAACUAGUCAAAAACGGACUGAUGGUCUAUCCACCAUUCAGACCCAAAUAGACGACAAUGUGGUUCCGCAACAUCUUUUUGGCACUCAGAUGCUGGUCAGAAGACCCGAUGGAACGCCCAGAUUUCAACACGCUGAAAACAACUAUUAGGAAAAUCAACAAGGAAAACGAAUCUGGUAAUAUAUUCAAUAACUUACAAUCUCAUGAGCAGUAUGCAAAUAACCUGGAGGCACUAGUGGAGGAGCGCACGCAAAGCUAUUUCGAGGAGAAGCGCAAAUGUGAAGAACUCCUAUACCAGCUUCUGCCAAGGUCUGUGGCAGCGCAGCUGAUAAUGGGCAAAUCUGUGAUAGCCGAAACCUAUGAUCAAGUAACUAUUUAUUUCAGUGAUAUUGUUGGUUUUACGUCCAUUUCCGCUCAAAGCACACCGAUGCAGGUGGUAGACCUGCUCAACGAUCUCUACACCUGUUUCGAUUCCAUCGUGGAAAACUUUGACGUGUACAAGGUUGAAACCAUAGGUGACGCUUACAUGGUUGUGUCAGGAUUGCCCGUUCGUAACGGGAAUCUUCACGCUAGGGAAAUCUCUCGACUAGCCCUGGCACUACUGUCCGCCGUGCAUAAAUUCUCAAUCCGCCACAGACCAAACGAACAACUCAAAUUGAGGAUAGGUUUACAUAGUGGUCCAUGCGUAGCGGGGGUGGUAGGAUUAAAAAUGCCUCGUUACUGUCUAUUUGGGGACACCGUCAAUACGGCCUCCCGGAUGGAGUCCAACGGAGAACCACUCAAGAUUCACAUCAGUCAAACCACGAAAGCUCUCCUUGACACCUUUGGUACGUUUGAAGUCAAGGAGCGUGGUCUAGUGCCGAUGAAGGGCAAAGGUGAAAUGCUGACGUACUGGUUGAAUGGAGAGAAAGCGGUCGCUUUGCCGACCAGCUUCAAGUCAAACAAAUUUUCCGAUGGCGCGACUCCGGACAGCGGGCCUUUGGCUUUAUUAAAUGGAGCUCCGCCCACCGGCAUUCUCAACAACAAUAAUAACAGCAACAUGUACAGCCUGAAUAAUGCCGGAGGCGGUCCCAACAAGAAGCUCAACAGCGUGUCAUACAAUUUCAUCAAAUCGGGCAGCACCAAGAAUAUUCUUAACUCCAAAGGUCGACGUAGUCUUGGGGGCGAGGACACGAUUCGGAGUGUGACACAACCUCUGCUAACACAAAUCAAUUGAUAUUCACCCCUUCUUAGAGAGUAGAACUGACAGACAUGUAAUUAAAUGAGUUACAAAACCACACAAAAGUAACAAGUACCUAUACGUUAUCAGCAGGAUUAGAUAAUGAAUCAACGGAACACAGGAACGACAGCACAAAAGGCAAUACGAGUAGUUCUUCUCUCACAUAAUUGGUACACAUGUGACCGGUAAUAUGAAUUUAAUGAAUGUACAUGAAAUAUACCAAAAUCUGUCUAAAAGCGUGUUAGAUGACCCUUCGAAAGUUUAUGUACUUACUACACAUUUGUGAUCUAUUACUUAGUCAUGUAACAGUACACGUGUAAGUUCUUAAUUUAGUGAAGAGUUUUAGGUUUUUUAUAUACGAUCAGAACAUCUACUCGUACAGAAAUGCGAAUCUACUCAGUAGACUGGGCCUGGAAACAAAAAGUCGUCGAAUUCUACGGGGCACAGCUUUUACUUUGUCUAAGAAAAUUUUUAUCUAAAAAAUUAGGCUCAAUUAGAUGUUGGCACAUUAAACAUGUAGUGCAUUUUGAAUGGGGUUCUCAUGGGAAGUUCAGCUAAAAUAUAUGAGAAAAUACUCAUCCGUUAGUCUUUCGCUUUAAAAAAUUAUUUGAAUCGCCCGCUUGUGCCCAAAUCGGCAAAACAUUCAUUUGACUUGCCAAUGAACAGUUCCACCAAAACUUCCACUAUGAAUUAGUUUUGGAAAGACUUAAUAGGAGUUAGAUUGUGUAAUUUGAAAUUUAUUGAUUACCAUGAAGAUCAUUCACAUCUAAUUGAAUGUGGUAUUUUGUAUCUUUACUAAGGAGACUUUUAGCCCUAGGCUGGCUCGUCUACGGAUAGUGCAUUUAAAUAUGUUCAAGCGCACGACACCACACGUCGCAAGCAUGUUUUCAAAGCAAUCAUUUGAGUACACAAUCCAACUCCUAACACAUUAAAAAAAAAUAAUUGAAAACUUAUUCAAUUAUAAUUUAAUGUUCUGUGGAAUUCGUAUUGGACAUGUAAACUGCAUUUCCUACCAAUUUGAGCGCAUUCGGCUUUAUAAACUGAUUUCCCAGGCGAAAGAGAUUUAUUUUCCCAUAUAUUUGACUGAAACAUUUCUAUGAACUUUAAAUCAAAUGCCUGUGUUUAGGCAACAACCGACUGAGUUGAUAUUUAUAGUGAAAUAUUAUUUUACUCAAAGGGCAGAGAGGUGUCCCGUAGAAUUUGAACGCUUUUUUUUCUUCCCAUUCGACUACACAGACAAGUGUACAGGAAACGAAGUCGCCAAAUCUUAUACUAAAUAAAUCACAUUUAAAAAACAACUUGAGAAAAUAUCCCAAAAAAUAAUAUCAAAACUACUUUGUGAGAUUGUGGACGAGAUGGUGAUUCAGAUAAAAUAAAAAUAAAAUGCAUGUGUAGAAACUUAUGUAUCUGGCAAAUCGAAAACGAGAAA